AUGAUCGAAAAUUCCCAGCACUCUCAAGCACCAGUCCCAUCUUUCCUCUAUGGAACUGCGGAGAAGACAGAUGAAUCACUGAUCCUCGCUGCUCUGAGCGCCGGCUACCGAGCUCUGGACUGUGCAUGCCAGCCUGGCCUUUACCACGAACAGGUUGUUGGUCAAGCAGUCGCCACAGCACUCUCACCCACGUCCCAGGGAGGGCUGGGCUUGCGCCGUGGACAGCUCUUCAUCCAAACAAAGUUUACCACACCUGCCGGCCAUCAGCCAGGGCUGGCGCCCUACCUGGAAGGAGAUGCCCCAGAGGUAAAGGUGAAAAAGAGCCUUGAAAUGAGCAUGAGCAAGCUGCAAGUCGAUUACAUUGACUCCCUCCUCCUCCAUGGGCCGAUGCCGACAUUGGAAGAGACACUCGAGAUUUGGGCUGGAAUGGAAUCUGUCUUUGGCAGCAAAGUCCGCCAACUUGGAAUUUCCAAUGUCUCCCUGGAGCAACUCGAGGCGAUUUACGAUCGUGCAACUAUUAAGCCCUCAAUGGUGCAAAAUAGGUUCUGGCGAUAUAACCACUUCGACUCCGCAGUGAGAUCGUUCUGCGCAGAAGAGAAGAUUAAUUACCAGGCGUUUUGGGUGCUAACAGGAAAUCCUCAGCUGCUGGAUUGCAGCCUCGUCGGUUGGUUCGCUGAAAAGGUUGGGGCCUCAAGGGAGGAUGGGCUCUUCAACCUCGUUCUAUCGCUCGGGCAAGAUGGGUCCCAAGUAUCAGUCUUGAAUGGUACAACCAAUCCGGCAAGAAUGCGUCGUAGCCUCGAGAUUAUGGAGAAGGUGGGAGAUCUUCCAGAUGUUUUGAGACAGGGCUUCAAGGAUGAACUGGAUGAACUGGCCAACGCAGUGGGACAGGGCACAGCGUGA